AUUGAUUUCAAAAGUGGCUCCAGUUUCACAGGUAAGAGCUGCUCCACGCGCUUUCACGGCGUACAAGCAAGUCUGCGUGGGUGAUCAGUGGGUUUAGAGAGUUUUCUAAACGUGGAUAGCUUCGGCAAAAAACUUUCACAACAUACACAUCAUCAGCUCAGUGAAACUUUGACAGGACUUAACUGGACGUGUUGCAGGCGCAGAGAUGAACGCAGAUCUGGAUUACGUGGGCUCCGGGAGCAGCGGGAACGGAAAGCUUCGUCAGUGGCUGAUCGACCAGGUGGACUGCGGUAAAUACCCCGGUCUGGUGUGGGAGAACGACGAGAAGAGCAUCUUCAGGAUCCCAUGGAAACACGCCGGGAAACAGGACUACAACCGGGAUGAGGAUGCCGCGCUUUUCAAGGCCUGGGCGCUGUUUAAAGGCAAGUUCAGGGAGGGCAUCGACAAGCCGGACCCGCCAACCUGGAAGACCCGCCUCCGCUGCGCCCUCAACAAGAGCAACGACUUCGAGGAGCUGGUGGAGAGGAGCCAGCUGGACAUCUCAGACCCUUACAAAGUGUACCGUAUCAUCCCUGAGGGCGCCAAGAAAAGACCACGGCAGGAGGACAGUCCUCUGAGCCCAAUGAGCUACCAGGUGCACCCCUCCUAUCCCACCCCGCAGCCUCAGAUACCUCAGUACAUCCCCACAACAGAGUGUAGCUGGAGGGAUUACUGUCAGGAGCUGCCCUCCCUCCCUGAGCUGCCCUACACCCAGUGUCCCUGUCCCCCCCGCAGCCUGCCCUGGCAGAGCACGUCUAUGGACAAUGGAUACCAGCUCAGAGCCUCCAUCUACUCGUACAAUCCUGCAGACAGCCAGCCGUCACCUUUCACUCUGGACUCCAGCAUCAGAUCUGCAGAGGCGUUCUCAGACCUUCGCCUGCAUGUCUCCGUAUUCCUUCGCGACACUCUGGUGAGGGAGGUGACUGUCUCUAGUCCAGAGGGGUGCCACGUUGCUCCAUGUUCCCCCGAGAAACCCUUCCUGCAGUCUGGCGGUAGUGAGGUGGUCCCCCUGCCCGUGGACACUUUGUCAGCCCAGAGGAGAGCAGACGAUUGUCCCCCGAGUCCCCCGUCUAGUCUGGAGAAGGGGGUGUUACUGUGGAUGGGCUCAGACGGACUCUACGCUCGCAGGCUGUGUCAGAGCAGAGUGUACUGGCAGGGAGGACUGUCCCAGUACGGAGACAAACCCAAUAAGCUGGAGAGAGAAGUGACCUGUAGACUCCUACACACACAGGACUACCUGACAGAGAUCCAGAGCUAUGGGCUCCAUGGUCGGCCGCCCCCUCGUUUCCAAGUCAUGCUGAGCUUUGGAAACGAGUGUCUGGACCCGCAGAGACAAAGACGCACCCUCACAGUCCAGGUGGAGCCACUGGUCGGCCGGCAGCUCCUGUACUACGCCCAGCAGAUGGGUGGACACUUCUACCGCAGCUUUGAGCACCCAGGAGUCACAGAGCACAUAAACCCCUCUGAGGACUACCAGAGAGCCAUCCAGCACCACCACAGCAGCAGCCUGCAGGAGUGACCUCAGGAGGGUCAAGAGACUGUAAAAACUUUGAGACCAAUUUCAAUCUGAAGAACCAGAAACUAAGACGAGAAACAGGACAAACUUGGACAUUGUUGUACGAAACCUGGAGGACAUUUAGAGUUUUGCAGUGUGUGUUCUUGAAACCAAAGUUGUAGUGUUAUGUUUAUUUUAUUUUUGUAUUUAGGAUAUUUUGUGUGUACUAGGAUUAUAUUUCAUACUGACUAUGCAAACUGACAGCUCAGGUGAUUGUACUGUAAAAAAUGUGGUGAAUUUUUGUGCCUUAAGAGGGAUAGUUAAACAGUUUGGUAACUAACCUUAUUCGCUGUCUUUCUUGAACUUAGAUUAGAAGAUCCUUAACACUCUCACAAGUUUAUACACAGCAAACAUGAAGCAUGAUAGCCUAGCUUAAGCCAAAGACUGGGGACUAAGGUUGAAAGGCUUAUUCCAAAGGUGACACAAUCUGCCUGAUAGCACCUCUAAAAUACUCACAGCUCAACACGUUAAAUCCACACAAAACCUACGGGACCAGAGCAACAAUUUGUUCUUUCAUUAGGAUUUUUUAAACAUGAAUAUUUGUAUGGCCCAAAGAGUUAAAUUCUGCAGAGUCUGCUGGUGGCCUGGACACAACUCAGAGCCAGGAACAGUAACAAAGAAAACAAACCAUGCACAGAGAAAACUGAAGUCUUGUGCUGCAUGGGUUUACUGUGUUACUGUAACGAGUGUUUAAUCUUUUAGUCUUUAAAUUAAUGAAAGAGUAAAACGAAAAAGACACUGGGAAUUUGUAAUCAGAGUUUUCUAAAUCCACACAGACUCAUCCCUAUAGAUUGAUUGUAUUUCCCCAUUAGCUGUGAACCUCAGACCGAAUAUUAGCAUUUGAGCUAUGUUGCUAAGGUCCGGUGUAAAGCCUGGCACCUAGCACAGUUUGAAAGAACAACAAGCCAUGUGCCGAAUCUGCGCAAGAUCUGAUCACUAACAUUGUAAAUGCAGAUUUCUUUGCCUUUAGAGUAAGCUAGGUUGGUUGUAAGCUCAGCAAACUUAAUGCUAAAGGUCUAACAGCAGCUUCAUAUUUGCAGUGAACAUGUAAGGGUGGGGAGGAUUUUCUAGCUUCUACUCCUCUUUUGAAUACGUUCAAAUCAGUUGCUGUUGGGAGACACUAUCCUCACCUGUGAAUAAGUGAUGAACAACGUUUGGUGCCUGGCUGUGUUUGUCUGAGAAACUCUCAGGAAGCUGAUUUUAGAUAAGCUUGUACCAAAUAUAUGAGUUACAACGUGUUUUUGAAUGUGUCAAACAUUUACCCUGAGAAAAAGUGAAGUGAAUGAAGUUUUUCCUGUACAGAAGAGCACAUGUCUUUUGUAAAUAAACAAUAAAAGGCUUUAAAGUGAA